AUGGGCAGAUGCCACCGUGUGCAAGCCGAUGCGCUUGCUAAUGGCUUUGCAGAUUUGAAAGCUCCAUGCACUGUGGUCCUGGAAUCAGAUGAGCCGGAGAAUUGCGGCAAUGAUCAUGUGGUAGCUGUGAAUCUGACAAGACCGCUGGAUUCACCACCAGAUCGUGGAUUAGUGGAAAGGGCGAUGCGAGAAAUUUGCAAGAAAUAUCGAAAAGCCAGCUCAGUGGAGAUCACCCAUUUCAUUGGUGGGCCGUGCCAAGAAGAGGAAUUGAUGUGCUGCGUUGUGCUUGGCGGUGGAGGUUGUGGAUGGACAGCGGCAAACCUGCAAACAAUUUGCAGCAGAGUGUUAUAUAGUGUAUUUUCAAACAAGUCUCCUCAAUAA